UUGCUUUUAAUAAAGGAGUGUUACAAUUCAGACCUUGCUGAACCACGCCCCCCUCACCACAAAUACAUACAAUGAUUAAAUAAUUACAACAUUAUGUAGCAUCAGAGUGGGCGGUAGAUGGGCUGGUCAGUCUGAUCCAGACACUGUAUAAAUGAAACAACAAUAAAGAGAGCAGAACAAACUCGGAGGAGACUCACUCAUGGCCUAUGAGACAGAGGAUCAUGGGACUCAAUACUGCUUUCCUGCCAUCAACUCAUCAUGUAUCAAGGGAAAACGCUCCAGACAUGAAUACAAUAUUAUGUAUGUGUUUUUUUCAUUGCUGUCAGCAUGGACUGUGUUUCUGAACCUGCUGGUGAUCAUCUCCAUCUCUCACUUCAAGAAGCUUCACACUCCAACAAAUCUGCUCAUUCUCUCUCUGGCUGUGGCUGACCUGCUUGUUGGACUUAUUGUGAUACCCACAGAAGCCAUUAAACUGAUUGAGACAUGUUGGUACUUUGGAAACAAUGUAUGUGGGUUGUUUACUAUAAUCAUCAAUCUGAUUAUUUUAGCAUCUCUUAUUAAUUUAGUGUUAAUUGCUGUUGAUCGUUAUGUGGCUGUGUGUCACCCUUUACUGUACCCACAGAAAAUAACAAUGACUAAAACUUUAGUAAGCAUCUGUUUGUGUUGGUUUUGGUCCUCAGCUUAUAACACAACCCUUAUAAUUAAUAAUGGUUAUUUCAACACCACACACAGAUCAAAUGUGUGUUAUGGCGAUUGCUCCAUUAUAAUUACUUAUGCCUGGAGUGUAAUUGAUCUGAUUUUGUCCUUUCUGUCUCCUUGUAUCCUGAUCAUAACUUUAUAUUUGCGGAUUUUCCAUGUUGUACAUAAGCAAGUGAAAGUUAUAAACUCUCUAAAGGGUGGUAAAUGUGUAAUGGAAGGUUCAGUGAGGAGGAAAUCUGAGAGCAAAGCUGCUCUGACAUUAGGAAUCAUUGUGACAGUUUAUCUGCUGUGCUGGAUUCCGUACUAUAUCUGCUCUAUAUUAGUAAGUUCUUCCACAAACAUAAAUGUUUUGACAUGGGCUGUGUACACAAACUCAGGUCUGAAUCCUCUGGUCUAUGCUUUUUUUUACUCUUGGUUUAAAAAGACAGUUAAACACAUCUUAACUCUGAAAAUAUUUCAGCCAGCAUCCUCUCUGGUCAAUAUUUUUACAGAACAUCAAUUGUAAUUAAACUGGUAGGCAAACUUGACAAAGUUGUUCAAUUGUUUUGUGUUGGUUUAUUGUGUAGACUCAAGAGUCACAAAUCAUCAGUCUACCCGAGUCUUUCUGGUAGAACUUUAUUAUUUCAAGCGAUAAUUAUGGCCCAAAUCAAUUUUUGACCACAAUUCGCUGUGGUAAUAUAAAUUCCUUAUAUUCGAACUCUAAUAUUCUAAUAUAAAUAGUUACCUACAUAAAUCAUAUAAAUGUGCCUUUAACCCAAUGAGUUUUUAGUGGUAGUUCUAUAGCUGCACUGCACAUGUGUUCUGAGUUCUGAGUCUGUAUAUCUAUACCUUUUUUUCCCAUCACUGUAUGUUAGAAAAAGUGAGGAAACUGAUUGCCUCAAUUUUCAAGCAAAGUAAUUUAUGUUGUCAAAACUUAAAAUUUGUUUCAUAAUGGGGUCAUAAGUAUUGGUGGCUUUAGUAAUGGUUACACACUAGACAAAUGUGCAUUUAGAACAAAAUAGUUAUUUUUUACCAGCGAUUAGACAGAAUUACCACAACUGCUUUUAAUAAAGGAGUGUUACAAUUUGAACACAUUUAUAAAAGUAAAAAUGAAACAAUACUUACAUGUUAUGUUAUGUGUUUGUUAGUUUAGUUAUGCGUUUGAGUUAGUUAAUAAAGAUUGUGCACAA